AUGGCCUACUACAUCAAGAGCUCAGCAAUGGUGCCCGUACUACUCCUCGCCGUAUUAGCCAUCGCCCCAGUGCUGGCCAUCGCGACCACAUCUGCCAUAAACGCGACGUGUACCGCGCUCGACGCCCAGCAUUACGACCACCCCUACGCGUACUGCGUGGGCGUGCUCUCCGGCGACUCGGCGGCCGCCGCCGCGACGGACGAGCGUGGGGUCGCCGCAGCCGCGAUCAACAUAGCAGCGCAUAAAGCGGCGGCGACCGUGAGCGUCGUCACCUACCUCGUCGACGAGCUUAGCCUUUGCAGCAAAUACUACGGCCGCAUGGUGGAGUCGCUGACCGCCGUCCUGGCGGACUUCCACGCCGGACGAUUCGACGAUGCGGCGCUUGCGAAAGCGCGAAGUGCCUCUGAGGUGCCCAACGACUGCGACGUCAUCCUGUUGCAGGGCAGCGCCAAGAAGAACCCGUUUUCUCAGGAGAACAUCGACAACGGCAGGUUGUCAGGCCUAGCCCGUGACAUCACUGCUCUUGUUGCGAACAAAGGCCCGUCGUCGUAG